AUGAUGAGCUUCAACGAUGCGCUUCUUGCAAAGCUCUCUUGGCGGCUGCUCCAAUCACCAGACUCUCUACUGGGGCAAACAUUACUGGGAAAAUAUUGUCACUCCAUCAGAUUCUUGGAUUGUCCUAUCCCGAGCUCAGCUUCUCAUGGAUGGAGAGGGAUUUUGGCUGGUAGAGAAGUACUGAAACUGGGGCUCGGCUGGGUGGUAGGAGACGGGAAAAAUAUUAACGUGCGGAAGGACCCUUGGCUCUCUACUUCCUCACCGUUGCGUCCUAUAGGCCCCCCGUGUGCUGAUAACAAAUCUUUGCGUGUUAUAGAUCUCAUCUCCCCUGUCUCACUCGACUGGGACGUCACGGCAAUUAAAACCCACCUGCCUCAGUAUGAGGAUACCAUUCGGAAGCUGGUCCCGAGCCAAAUGGACAUGGCAGACUCUCUACAUUGGCUCCCAGAGAAGAGUGGCAACUACUCUACAAGAUCGGGAUAUGCUCUUGCAAAGUUACAGGCCUCGCCUGACCUACCUUCCCCUUCUUUUGCUUGGAAACGAAAUGUAUGGAACCUGCAAUGCUCCCCCAAACUUAAUCUCUUCCUCUGGAAAGCAGCAAGUGGAGCUCUUCCCGUCGGCUCUGCCCUCUCUCGCAGAGGAAUGACCUCUGAUACAGUUUGCAAAAGAUGUGGAGCAGAGGAGAGCGAGAUCCAUGUUCUGCUUCAUUGCCCCUUCGCAGCCAAAGUCUGGGAUCUGACACCGUCUCUCUUUAAACCAUCUCCCUCCAUUAACACUGUUCCCCUGCUGCUUCAAGCUUGUUCAAAAUCGGUUAAUCUCCCUCCUACUGGGCUCUGCUCCCCCCUGUUCCCAUGGAUACUCUGGAAUCUUUGGACAGGACGCAACCAGUUAAUCUUUGAGGAUAAAAAGUACACUGAACAGGAGGUAGUGUCGAAAGCUCUUAGAGAUGCUCUUGCUUGGUCCAAAGCGCAGCUCCCUCGGCAAAAACCACGAUCUUGUCCACAGUUUGACCACCAUAUCCCCAGUAACCACCUUACAAGAGGCUCAGGUAACUCUCUCUCGAUAGAAUGUUUCUCUGAUGCGGCUUGGCAGGAGAGCAAUGGUAAUUGUGGGCUGGGUUGGACUUUCCAAACUAUGCUAGGGACUCCACUCCAUAAAGGAACAUCCUCCCGUCGCUGUGUGGCGUCUGCUAUUGCAGCAGAAGCCCAAGCAAUUAAAUCUGCACUACUAGCUGCAGCAAAUGCAGGCUACCGUGAUCUAGAAGUCUUCUCGGAUUGCAAAAGCCUUGUCACCUUGAUCAACUCUAAUGUUUCAUCGGUGGCUCUGAAAAGUCUCCUCUACGACAUCUCGGUGUUGAGUCGAAAUUUUUCCUCUAUCUCCUUUACUUUUACUCCUCGUGUGAACAAUGUAGUUGCUGAUGGCUUAGCUAAAUCAGCCCUGUCUUCUCUUUGUAACCCCUCCUUCAUGGAAUAA